CGACGUCGAGGCUUACCGCGUAAUGUGAUUUGUCCCGCUACUGAAACAGAUUUGUAUUAAGGACAAUAGGCCUAAGGCCUGUGUUAAUCCUCUCUCAGUAUAAUGAAUCCAUACGGAACCAUUAUUGAGGGAAUUGGGAAUGAGUUACUUUUUUGCCUCAGUUGUAUGGGCACGGUUUUAUUUCUUAUCGCAGCCUGGGUCUCUACAAGAGUUAACUGGGACUUGAUGCCUGUUAGAAUAACCGUACUCCGUCAUCCGCAUGGAAACAACAACACUGAAACAGAAACUAGGAAUGCACCAGAAGCUGUGGAACAUAACAUUACUGAUUCAUCAGAAAAUGUUCUCGCCGAAAGUUCGGGUUCUAGUUCUGAAGAUGAAGCUAAUUCUGAUACAGUCGUCCGUAAACGUUCAUCCGUGCAAACUUCAAUCAGCUCAACUCAUCAAGGAAAUUCAUCUUCAUCUGAUGAGGAAUCAAAAAAGAAUGAAACAAGAGAAGAGCUAAUAAAUUCUACAUCCGAUUCGAAUGGGCAUUUAGUCAUAAAAUUGCAAUAUCUUAAUGAUGAGUCACGUUUUGUACAUGCGUCUCCCACUAUGUCUGUUAGUCGUUUCAAGAAGAAGCAUUUUGUAGAUGAAUUAAUUAAUCAGAAAAAGAACGUUAGACUUAUCUUUCAAGGUCGUGAAUUAAUGGACGUAUUACAAAGCCAAGCAAAUUUUAAUAGUAACGAAAGACCUAAACGUCAACGACUAUGUGACUAUGGUAUAACUGACGGCUCAACAAUACAUUGUCUUGUUACAACUCCUAUUGUAUCAUCUAACAGAUCAUCUCCAGUAAACAAUUCAAACAAUACAGAACGUAAUUCUGGCUUUUCAACUUCCAGUGAUUCAAUGCUAACUGAAUUUGAUAUGGGUACUAGGCUUAUGAAACCACUUUUCGCUUUUCUUCUACUUUUCACUUGGUUUUUUAGAAUUGUCUAUAGACAAUAUUUUAAUUCAGUUUCUACAUUUGCUUUAGUAACAUUAACAGUGUUCUUUUGUGGAGCUGUAUUUACUGCUACUCUUGUAAAUACUGUCUCAGCUAUAGCUUCAUUAUUUGGUAUUUCACGGAGUAAUGAACUAUCAAAUCAACAACAAUCAGAAAAUCUAACCAAUCAACCUGACUCACCUGAUGUACAAGUUUUAACUGUAACUAUGGUUGCACGCCGUGUUCCAUCUCAAACAACAACUGUAAACCAAACAAACGGUACUUCAUUAUUUUCUUCGGAAUCAGCUCAAUAUCAGCAAAUUAUUGUAGAUGAGCCUAUUAAUGAGUCACAAACAAGACCAGAUUAACUAACUGCUGAGAUAUCUUUUGCUCUGUUUAUUUGAUUUUAUUUUACUGUACUUUUUGGUUCAUUUCAGAUGUAUGUCAUAAUAAGUUACUUAGUACGUAAUUUAAUAUACAUUUAUUUUCUGUUUUGUGUAAGCAGAACUUGCCAUUUAUGUAUAUAAAAAUUCAGUUUGUCCCGAUUUUUUUUGUUUAAUUAUAUUUAUUCAGUUUGUCAAUCUUAUUUGUUUGUUUAUACUGUAAGUGCAGACAGAUUGAAACUUUGUUCAUUUUAUU